AUGAAUACCUUUAGGCUCCUCGGUGAUAUGUCGCAUCUUGCGUCUAUCCUUAUUCUACUUCACAAAAUUCAGACGAGCAAGUCAUCCAGAGGUAUCUCGUUCAAGACACAGGCACUCUAUGUGACCGUGUUCCUGACCCGAUAUAUCGAUUUGUUGACCUUCCACUUUGUUUCGUUGUACAACACCUUGAUGAAGAUUUUCUUUAUCGCUUCGAGUGUAUACACCCUCUACCUCAUGAAAUUCAAGUAUCGACAUACGUGCAGCUCAACCACCGACCCCUCGAUUGACACUUUCAAGGUUGAAUACCUGGUUGGCCCUUCGGUGGUGCUCGCCCUAAUCUUCAACUACGAGUUCAAACUAUCCGAAAUCCUCUGGGCGUUCUCCAUUUAUCUCGAAGCAGUCGCCAUCUUCCCACAGCUAUUCAUGUUGCAAAGGACCGGUGAAGCCGAGACCAUAACAACACAUUACAUCGCAGCUCUUGGGGCUUACCGUGCACUUUAUGUCCCCAACUGGAUCUACCGGUACUGGACUGAAGGGACCGUAGAUCCCAUUGCGGUCGUUGCGGGAUUAGUUCAGACGGGAUUGUACAUUGACUUCUUCUAUGUGUACUUCACCCGCGUCAUGCAGGGAGAAAAAUUCGAACUUCCUGCCUGA